GUAUUGGCCACAGUCGCCUCUGUGUUCGAUCCGCUUGGGUUUGUGUUACCUUUCAUUCUGCUGGGGAAGCAGAUCUUGCAACAAAUGUGUUGAGAUAAACUCAGCUGGGAUGAUAACUUACCUGACAGUCUUCGACCUCAGUGGGAGGCUUGGUUGCGUGACCUGGGAAACCUUGCAGAUGUAAAGGUUCACAGAUGCUACAUUCCUUCGAAUGUAGCACUACGAACUUCAUCAUUUUGCCGAUGCAAGCGCAUCUGGAUAUGGAAUGUGCACUUACCUCAGAGCAGUAAGCACAACUGGUGAAGUCCACUGCUCAUUGGUGAUGGGAAGAUCAAGAGUUCCACCAACCAAAGUCACAACUAUACCUCGGCUUGAGUUGUCGGCGGCCGUUGUUGCUGUGCGCACUGGUGACAUGCUGAAAAAGGAAUUGGAAAUGGAAAUUUCAGAAGAAAGGUAUUGGACUGACUCGAAGGUGGUACUCGGAUACCUCAGCAAUGAAGCCAGAAGAUUUCAUGUGUUUGUUGCAAACCGAGUGGAACGCAUCAAACAAAGCACAGAUCCAACCCAAUGGAGGUAUGUAACUUCCGAAGACAAUCCGGCGGACCACGCCUCAAGAGGCCUCACAGCAGAACAACUUGUAGCAUCAAACUGGUUCAAAGGCCCAGACCUCCUUUGGCAGAAGGUCAUACCCAGUGGUGAAAUUAAGGUGGGAGAGUUAUCAACCAGUGACCCAGAGAUUAAGAAUGUUCAAGUCCACAAGAUACAAGUGGAGGAACAAAGGUCCUUGUUAGAUCACCUACACAAGUUUUCCGACUGGUCGAGAAUGAUUAAGGCAGUUGCUAGACUCAAGCGCUAUGUGAAAGGAGCAAAGGAUCACAAGAUUAGAUCACACGACAUCAGUAACCUACAAGAGAGAGAGGAAGCAGAGUUAACGAUCAUAAAGAUGGUUCAAGAAACAGCCUUUGCUCAGGAAAUAAAAACCUUGCAACACCAUGAUGUGAUGCAGAUGAAAGACAAGGUUAACAAGUUACACAAGUUAUGUCCAUUUCUUGAUGACCAAGGCAUUCUUCGGGUAGGCGGACGCUUAACACAUGCAGCUUUGCACCCCAAUGUCAAGCAUCCUGCGAUCCUGCCAAGAGACAGUCACGUGUCGGCAUUACUGGUCAAACAUUAUCACGAGAAGACAUACCAUCAAGGACGAGGGAUCACCAUGAAUGAACUUCGAGCUAACGGAUUCUGGAUUCUUGGAUGCAGCAAGAUUGUGUCAUCUUACAUCUAUAAAUGUGUAAAAUGCAGAAGGUUCAGAAGGUGCACAGAGCAGCAGAAGAUGGCAGACCUCCCAGAGGAUCGGAUGGAGACCACACCGCCAUUCACCUACUGUGGGAUGGACUGCUUUGGUCCUUUUUAUGUCAAAGAAGGCCGCAAGGAGCUAAAGCGUUAUGGCUUGCUAAUCACUUGCAUGUGCUCCAGAGCAGUGCAUCUUGAAAUGCUUGACGAUCUCUCUACAGAUUCCCUCAUCAACUCUUUACGUGCAUUCGUAGCCAUCAGAGGUACAGUUCGCCAAAUAAGAUGCGAUCAAGGCACGAAUUUUGUCGGCACUAGAAAUGAGUUUCUCAGAGCAUUUAAGGAAAUGGAUCAAGCCAAGCUAGGGAAACUGGACUGCGAGUUUCUCAUGAACACCCCAGCAUCUAGUCACAUGGGUGGUGUCUGGGAAAGACAAAUUCGCACCAUAAGAAGUGUUCUCACGUCCAUUGUGGAACAAUCAGCCAAACAACUCGACAGCUCCUCUCUGAGGACAUUCCUGUAUGAAGUCAUGGCAGUGAUUAAUAGCAGACCAUUGACUACUGACCAACUAUGUGAUCCAUCAAACCCAGAACCUUUAACACCGAAUCACAUACUAACCAUGAAGUCCACAAUCAUCUCUCCACCUCCAGGAAGGUUUGUGAAAGAAGAUCUUUAUCUCCGUAAGAGGUGGCGUCGUGUUCAACUACUUGCCAACACUUUCUGGACAAGGUGGAAAAAGGAGUAUUUGUUAAAUCUUCAAGGCAGACAGAAGUGGACCAAAGAGCACAGAAAUGCUAAGAUCAAUGAUGUUGUCCUCCUGAAGGAUGAGAUAACUCCACGCAACCAGUGGAAGUUGGCAAGGAUCAUUGAAGUGUAUCCUGGAAAGGAUGGAAAAGUGAGGAAGGUGAAAUUGCUGCUGAGUGAUCCAACCCUGGAUAGAGCAGGAAAACGUACCUCCAAACCUGUGCACCUGGAAAGACCCAUUCAGAAGACAGUCAUUCUGAUGGAAGCGGAAGAAGAUUCUCCACCGCACUCUGCUUAAAGGAUAAUUCAUGACAGUUCAUUCAAAAGCCGUUCAUUAGUUCAUAGGCAAUACUUUAUUCUUUAAAAUCACGAGUGAUUGGUGGGAGUGUAACGGUCUUUUGCAUUUGAUGUUUGUUGCAUUUGAUGUUUGUCAAGCUGUAUGUCUGGAUUUUGUUCCUUUGCGCCCUCUGGUGGUGAACUGUGUAGGGUACAGCUUUGCUGUUUGGGUCUCCACCCAGCCACUUUUUCCUUUGCUAGCGCACAUGGUGUCUGCAUGCUGCAGCUCACGGUUAGCUCCACACAUGGAGAAAAUAUCGUUUAAAGAGUGGAAUUAAUUGAGAAAGAAGAUGGAGGAUAAGGCAAUAAGGAAAUAAAGGACUAUUUAGCACCUCCUGGAUGUGAGCUCACGAGUUCUCACGGGUUGCCAAGACCAGAAUAAACCCUGUUCUAUAACU